AAUCCACUAAUAUUUGGCAAAGGAACCUAUCUGAACGUGGAACCAAAAAAUCAACCUUCUGCCAGCCCAUCUGUUUUUGUCAUGAAAAAUGGGACAAAUGUCGCUUGUUUGGUGAAGGAGUUCUACCCCAAAGAUGUAACUAUAAGUCUGCAAUCAUCCAAGAAAAUAAUAGAAUAUGACCCUGCUAUUGUCGUCUCACCUGGGGGGAAGUACAGUGCUGUCAAGCUUGGUCAGUAUGAAGAUUCUGAUUCAGUGACAUGUUUGGUUGAACACAACAAAAAAACCUUGAGCUCUACUGACUUUGAACCAAAGAAAACUAUUUCAGGAACUCCAAAACCGACAGAAUCUGUAAACAGCACAAAAGCUCCAGUUUCAGAGAUCUGCUAUGAGCCCCAAGUGCAACCCGGGAAGGUGAACAUGCUGUCCCUCUCGGUGCUGGGGCUCCGAAUGCUGUUUGCCAAGAGUGUUGCCGUCAAUUUUCUCUUGACUGCCAAGUUAUUUUUCUUUUAA